AGAUAUUCUGUAAAUUUUUGCAUGGCGUACAAAUAGAAUUAACAAUGUAUGAUUUAUCUUUUUAGACAUCUUUGUGAUUAAUACAUUUCUUGCAGAUGUAAGUGAUAGAUUACUGAAUUUAUAUUCCGCUAUCAUAUCUUAAGAUUCAACAUGAGUGAUGAGGAAGAGUCCCUACUUACAGAAAAUAAAGCUCGUGAACAAAUACGAGAGGAAUUAAAACAUAUGAGUUUUGAGGAUUUACAGAAGUUAAAGGAGAAAUUAGGAACCAAGGUGUACAAUGAGACUCUGUUUGGUAAGAAAAGUAAGAAAAAAACAGAGAAAAUAAAAUUUAAACGGGAAAAUAAGAACAGGCCACGGGAAAUGUCUGCUAAAAAGCCAAUUCCAAUCAAAUACGAAAAGAUGACACAAAUCAAGGAAGUUGCAUCUCGAGAUCCUAGAUUUGAUAGUUUAUGUGGUACAUUUAAUGAAAAGGCCUUCAAGAAUUCUUAUGCAUUUAUUAACAAGCUACGGGAAAAUGAUCUCAAAACUUUGCAAAAAGAACUGAAAGAAACUACAGAUCUCAAAGCUAUAAAGAAGAUAAAAUAUCUUAUCCAGAGGCUUGAAAAUCAAUUAAGAGAGGAGAGGAAAAAGAAGGAGAAAGAAGAAAAAAAACAGCUUGAGAAGAAGGAACUGUUGGAAUCUGUUAAACAAGGAGAGAAGCCUGUCUUCAAGAAAAAAUCUGAGAAGAAAGUCUUGGACCUAGUUUCACAGUAUGAAGAAUUGAAAAAUACAGGAAAACUGAAGAAACAUAUUCAGAGAUUGCGGAAGAAAAAUAAACACAAAGAUAGGACAAAAUUAAGAGUGGAGGAAACAGAGUAAAACAUAUCGCUCAUUUGUUACAACUAUGAGACAACUAAAAAAAAGUUCUUCAGAAAAUGAGUUAUGCAGUUUUGAUGUUGAUUGAUUGUAGAGGAAUAAAAGUAUAUACU